CGAGAACAAAGUGUAAUUACCACGGCCCACGAUUCUGGCAUCAAUGAUCGACAGCAGUGGUGAAUCGUUCAAACGAAAAGGGAUUGAAUAAAGUUUAAAAAUGCUGUGUUAUGAUGGAAAGCUUAGUUUCUUUUGUUUUGUUGCGGCUGUUUUAAUCGCAGUACUGCCGGAGGCACUUUUAAGGUUAGAACUUAAUGUUCCUCGAGUCUAUUUCGACAAUAUCUGGCUCACACAUUUCUUCCAAUACGGAUUUCUCAAUACAUUUUUACUUCUUGCAUUUCGUGGCUUUUCUUAUCAGGUUGCCAUAAGGGCAGCUUUCCUGGGAUAUGCAUUUGGCGUAGGAAUUGUUGUGUCUCUCGUUGCACCACUUUCGUGGAAGGCAUUUGGCUUUUACAUUGUCGUAUUAACAACCUUCCAUUAUACAGAAUUCUUGAGUGUAGCAUGGAUAAAUCCAUCUACUCUUUCUACCGAUUGCUUUAUCCUGAAUCAUAGUGUAGCAUAUGGAAUAGCAGCAUGCUCCAGUUGGAUAGAAUUCAUCAUAGAAAGGCAAUACUUUCCUGUAAUGAAGGAGCCUUCCUCCACAUCAUACUUUGGUCUGAUAUUAUGCAUUUCUGGAGAGCUACUGAGAAAGCUAGCAAUGUUCACUGCCAAGCACAACUUCAAUCAUGUGGUGCAAAGUGAAAAGAGAGAUGACCAUGAAUUAGUUACCCAUGGGGUUUACAAGUUAUGUAGGCACCCAAGUUAUGUGGGUUGGUUUUACUGGUCCAUAGGAACACAGCUGAUUCUUCAGAAUCCAUUCUGUCUUGUGAUAUACACCGUGGCAUCGUGGACGUUCUUCUACGACCGCAUCUUGAUUGAAGAGAUCACUCUGCUGAAUUUCUUUGGGCAGGACUAUGUAGAGUACCAAAAGAAAAUUGGUACAGGUUUGCCUUUUAUAUCAGGCUACAAGCUCGAUUUGUAG